AGUUCAGUUGUACUUUGAUUACUGUAGUGUAACUAUUUAUAACAAGGCCUUGGUUGUCUAAACUGUGAUAUGGUUUAUGAAUUGUAAUAUUUAAUUAGUUUAUAUAGAAUACAAUUAAAUGAUAAAAUAGUCUAAAUGCACAAAAAGAACAUCGAUGAAAUAAUAGAACAACACAAAAACAUAUCACCGAUUUACAUGAUCUGGAUGUUAUGUUGGUGUUAAGAUGAGACUUCACGGACGGCUGGUUUGAUGUCUAACAUUAUUAACAGCUCAAGGAUGGCAUUUGACGGACUGAGAAAGAGACUGAAUAAUAGUAGCAUAUUGAAACAGGAUGAUUAUUUUCCCUCUACUUACAUUGUGCUACAGUUUGCCAACAAUGUACACAUUGAAGCUGUUCAGUGGAUUAUAUUCAAAAUCGAAAGUGAGAGGAAGGAUGGUGGAGCUGAGCUUCUUGUUCGCAAACAGCCGGAAGUACCUGGAGAGAAAUCACUCAUAUUCCAUGUAUCUGCAACUAACCAAAAGCUAUUAGAAUUAGCAGAGGAACAGAGCAUUCGUAAAAAAGACUUGAAGGGUUCAUUAAGAGACUUCACUGUGGUUGAGCAGUCCGAGUUUGGUGGUGGAUCGGACAUACUGUCAACGGCAGAGAAGGAGUAUCUUGUGCGUCAUGAGCUGGAGAAUAUCCGAGCUCUAGAGAAUGAAAAGGCAAUUCCUGGAUAUCCUCGCAUUCUCCUAUAUGAGGGCCAAUCAAUAUUUGCAGCGUGUGUUCAUUAUAAUUUGCUACAACAACUGUUUCCUCUUCAUGAUGAAGAUGUUUUACGAAAGUUGGGUCACAAAUGGUAUCUCUCCUUGUUCAAAAAACAACCAUUUGAAGAAAUCCGGGAGUAUUUUGGAGAGUCAAUAGCGUUAUACUUCCAGUUCCUAGGGUACUACACGUAUGCUCUGAUUGUACCCAUGGUGCUGGGCUUCCUGCAAUUGUGCCUGGCUCCAGAGAACAUUGCGCUGUUCUGCAUCAUAAAUGUUCUUUGGGCAUCAGUCUUUAUGGAGCUAUGGCGUAUGAAGUGCUCGGAGCUUGCGUUUGUGUGGGGGACGAUAGGGAUGGCCAGUAGUUUGGACGAGCCGAGACCCAACUAUAAUGGUGUGAUGGGCGUCGACCAUGUCACUGGUCGUCUGCAGCCACAGUGUCCUCGCUGGAAAACUCAACUCAAGAUGUAUACUGUCUCCAUCCCACUGGUAAUACUGUGUAUGAUACUUGCAUUCUUCGUCAUGCUGAUAUCAUUCUGGGUGGAGGAGCAACUCCGUGGGUCUCCUGACUGUCCGCAGUGGCUGUACCUGGCACCCAGCGUCGCGUACGCAGCUCUCAUCUAUCUCAUGAACAUGGUCUACCGGCGGUUCGCCAACAAUCUCACAGAGUGGGAGAACCACAGAACACAAUCACAGUUUGACCGCCACAGGGUCACGAAGCUGGUGCUGUUUGAGUUUGUGAACAACUUCAUGUCCCUGUUCUACAUUGCGUUCAUCUACCAGGACAUGGAUAUGCUGAGAAGUCAAUUGGCGACACUGUUGAUAAUUUCACAGGCUAUAAACAACUUCCAAGAGGCCCUCCUUCCACUCAUUCUGCAGUAUUAUAGCUCCAAGAUGGCUCAGCUGAAGAAGCGCAACAGCUCCAAGAAAUGGCAGAUGCCGUCGUCUUCGGUUGACGUACAAGAGCUGUCAGGAGAUGAUCCUCGGAUACUGCAGGCGUUGAGGGAGAGUCGAUUGGACUUCUACGAGGACCCGUAUGAUGAUUACCUGGAGUUAUUUGUCCAGUUUGGGUACGUCUUCCUGUUCUCGUCUGUGUACCCAAUGGCGGCUUUCUGGGCGGUGGCUAACAACCUGCUGGAGAUACGCUCAGAUGCAUUCAAACUGUGCUGCAGUUACCAGCGACCCAUGGCUCGUAGGGUCAAGGACACUGGAGCCUGGCAGAGGGCAUUCCAAGCACUCUGCACAUUGUCCGUGAUUACCAACUGCGGAUUCCUGUACCUGUCACCAGCCAUGCGUGCAGUGGCACCUGAUGCCAGCCCAGCUGAGUGGAUGAUGGUAUUCGUGUUUCUGGAACACGUGUUGCUGGCCCUGCGCCAAGUACUACACUACGCUAUUCCGGACAAGCCGGAGUGGGUGAGACUGGCAUUAGCACGUCAGCAGUUCCAGUCCAAACAGGCACUCAAGAAACAGAGAAUGGAGAAGACCAAGUGAGAUGAUCUCUAAUGCUUCAUUAAUCCCGUGUGAUAACCAACAAGUGCCAAAAAUCUCAACCAAUUGUAAACCUAAGGCUGCAUUUACCUGUAGAUAGCUAUAUUAUAAUUUUAUGUUUGUGAUUCUAAUUUAUUGUUGAUAAUAAAACAAUUAAAUGCCAAUUUACCUA